AUGGCAUCUCAAGAGAUGUUCCUAUCGGCCUUGACCAGCCGGUCGCUCCGUAAUGUCCGAUCGGAGCUGGAGUUUCUAGCAGAUGCCUCAGUCAUUACCCCUCAGCAACUUUCAUCCAUUCUAUCACAGCUACCCAGCUCGAGUGGAACUGAACGUCAAGUGUCGGCAGCGUCACAGCCAUCUCCAGUGCAGCUACCACCCCCUGUCACUCAGAACAUUCCUCCGCCUGCCCCUGCCCAGGCGGUGCUAUCUCCAGCUCCAUACUCACCACCGACCGCUCAACUCGCCAGUACCUCGCUGAAUGAAAAAGCACAAUAUGGAAUGAACUCGCCCGCGCCCCAGCAGCAUUAUGCGAGCCCGCCUCCUGCUUACCCGCAAGCACCUACUGUGCUAUCUGUUGCUUCAGCACUAUAUGCAUACACACCAACCGACGCUGGGGACCUGGCUUUGCAGCCAAAUGACCGUAUCCAGGUUCUUGAGCACAUGAAUGCCGACUGGUGGCGCGGUCGCAACGAGCGCACAAACCUCGAGGGUAUCUUCCCUCGCAGCUACGUUAAUGUCUUGGACGAGAAGGCGGUUGCGCCACCUACCAAUUACGGAAACAUGCCUCUUGAGGUCAGCCAGAGUGGCUCGUCGUCCACACCUGGUAAAUCCGGCAAGUUUGAGGAACAUGGCAAGAAAUUUGGCAAGAAGCUGGGCAAUGCUGCUGUCUUCGGUGCCGGAGCUACGAUUGGAUCCAACAUUGUUAACAGCAUCUUCUAA